AUGAAUCACAUCCUCGACUUCGAAUUUACCACCCCUUCAGCUGAGGCACUGGCACAAUCAGCAAGGAACUCUAUGACUACAUCCCUCAAGCAGUCAGAAACACCCUCGGAAAACAACCAGCUUUCAUACCCGGGGGAAUCGGCGUCAUCCAAAGAGCAUGUAUCUGACAACAAAAUGGCACACAUCAACAGCCGCCACGAUCCUUUCUCGCCGAUUUACGAAACAAACAACACCAUGGCAACCAUCACCAGCCUUGAUGCUCCACUCUCGUCAACUUGGCCAUCAACAACGUCAUCAGAAGAUGCUAUAACUUCAUCGACCGAGCCUUCAGAGGCAUACUCAAACAAACCACUCUCACAUCCAUGGUCACUAGCAUCAUCUCAAGAAUGCGAACAUAAUUACGACAUGUCACCUAUGACCAGCCUCGACGCCCCUCUCUCGCCUGCUUGGCCAUCAACACUAUCAUCAGAAGAUUUUCCACCUCCAUCGCCCAAGCCCAAGAGGACAUUCCCACCAAGACAGACCCCCUGGCCAUGGUCACUAGCAAGAUCUGAAGAACACAGAAUCAUCAAAGCAAACGACCACUUCCCUUUCCUCAAGUUACCUAUGGAACUACGCCACAUCAUCUACAAACUCCACUUGAGCAAAGGAGGCGACUUUAAUGCCAUUCCAAUGUUCUGCCACAGACGUCCGGUAAUCGGCGUCAACCUACUCGCCACUUGCAAGCAGAUAUAUGUCGAAGCCGUCCAAUAUGUCUACCUUGGCCGUACUUGGAAUGUUGGAGAGGAGUGGAUGGACCCUGAUAUGCCUUUGGGAUCGUUCCCCCUGUUCGAUGACAGUUUCUACUUCGGAGACAUGAGUGAUCGUGCUUUGGCUCGUAUCGAAAAGCUCCGCAUCUCGAUCCCGGUCCCAUCUCGCCGCCUCACUGUGGCUGUCAAAGCACUGCGUAUGCAUAAGCUGGAGAAGAUGGAGGGCUUGCGAAGCCUAGAUGUCGCAUUCCAGCUCUGCGGAUGCGCCCCCACCAGAAUACAUGGUUCGUAUUUUGCAGGAAGUCUCCUUUGGGAAUUGUUCACCAUAGGGGAGGACAGAUGUAUUGAGAUUGCGAGGACAUCAAUGCCCGCAAAUCGCCGCAAAGAGCUCCAAAGGAAUGUCAAAUAUGUCCACUCGCAUGAGACGCAGUUUUUGGCAUCCCAUUGCAAAGUUUUCGCCCCGAGAUGA